UACAAUUUAAAUUCGGUAAGAUAUAGAGUUACAAUUAUGUAUAGCAUUUAAAUCCAUUUUUAGACUAAUGCCAUUUACUUUCAUGUUGAAGCCACCUAAGAAGACAAAGAAGCAAAAAAGGACUACUUCACCAAUACAUAUUGCCCCAGUGACACAAGAGAAGCCUCAUCCUUCCCAGCGACUUCCUACUCAAAAUGAUAGAGUGUUAAGUAAAAAUAGUGCCCCGAUGCUCUUCAAUAUUCCUAAUGUCAGGGUUCCUCGCUCUCUCAAGUGUCUAUUAACUACGGUAAAGUAUGUGGAGCAUGAUCAAAGUUCAAAUGGAUUUUGGGAUAUUAGGCCAUCAACACAUUUUAUAUAUUUCACAAGAAGACAUAGUCCACUUUGGCUUAUUAGAGAUGAUUGGAGCAUCAUGUAUAUCAUUAUAUAUCAGGUUUCUAUACUUUCAAUUGGUCAAAAGAGAGAUAAAUCACUUUUUUCAUUUCGUUGAGCCACUUUGCCUAUCAAAUAUUGGCUCUACUAAAGAGGAACAAGUUGAAUGGGUAUCAAAUCACAUCAUAGAUUCAAAUCCGGGUCAAAUGUGGUUACUGCCAUACCAUUUGAGGUAAGUUUUGUACUUUUGUCAUUAAGUUAUUGUGAUUAUAUAUUAUUUCAAUAACUUAAUUUUUGUGUUUGUCUUAGCGAGCAUUGGAGGCUUGUAAUAAUUGAUUAUGAUAAUCAAUUAUGCUAUUAUUUGAAUUCCCUUGGCAAUUUCCCACCAGAAGAAAUUAAAUCCCUCAU